CAUCUCAGAAUUAAAUAACAUUCGCUCUCUGCAUUUCCCCUCUCUUUCCCGCCUUACCACUUUCUAAUUACUCCACCACGCCAACUAACCGACCAAACAUAAUCCAAUUCCUCUAUCUCUCUCUCUCUCUCUCUCUCUCUCUCUGUCUCUUUCUAUCUCUCUCUCCUCUCUCUCUGCCCGGCCUUAUCCCUAUUCCCCUGUCUCUCCCUUGGACGCAUCCCAUCAUCAUAAAAAAACAUAUAUACGAACUGGGUUUGCUGCUAACAACUCCGCUCCGCUCCGCCGCGUUGCCGCCGAUGGAGUGCCUCUGCGGCAAGGAAACCGUAUGGAAGAGGAUAUCGUCGCUCCUUCUCAUAGUAUCUCUGCUUUCGAGUUGCUUCACGGACUUCAGAUCCGUCGACGCUCAACUUCUUCCCCAAGAAGAAGUACAAGCUCUUGAAGCAAUAUCAGCAAAACUGCAGAUCCAACAUUGGAGUAUUACCCGAAAUUUCUGCAGAGUUGGAUUUCAGUAUGUAGGCUCCGAUACUGCUGUUGUUAGCAACGUUACUUGCGAUUGCACCUCCGCCAACGCCACUGUUUGCCACGUCACCAACAUACAGUUGAAGGCUCUAAAUUUAAGAGGAACUCUACCAGCAGAAUUUGCUAAUCUUACUUUUUUGGAAGAAAUCGAUCUCUCUCGCAACUAUAUCAAUGGGACACUUCCAACAAAUUUUGCUAAGCUUCCUCUCACCAUUUUGUCCCUUUUGGGAAACCGCAUUAAUGGUUCAAUUCCCAGGGAAAUUGGAGAUAUUGCAACUCUCGAGGAGCUGGUCUUGGAAGAUAAUCAGCUGGGAGGCUCUCUUCCUCCAAAUCUUGGAAGUUUGACCCGCUUGAGAAGACUCCUUCUUUCUGCUAACAAUUUUACGGGACAAAUUCCAGAUGAAUUCAGCAAACUGACAAACUUGACAGAUGUCAGGAUAGAUGGGAGUACACUGUCUGGCAAAAUACCAGAUAUGAUAGGGAACUGGACAAAAAUUAACAGACUGGACGUGCAAGGCACAUCCAUGAGUGGCCCUAUUCCUUCUACCAUAUCCAAGCUGAUAAAUUUGGAGGAACUGAGGAUAUCUGAUUUGAAUGGAUCAGAUAUGACAUUCCCUGAUCUGCAGAACAUGACAAAGUUGAAAUAUCUGGUACUGAGAAAUUGCUUAAUUACUGGUCCAAUCCCAAAGUACAUCGGUGACCUACCUGAACUCAAAUAUUUAGAUCUAAGCUUUAACAACUUGAGUGGUCAAAUUCCGGGUUCACUUCAGAGUUCUGAUCUAGAUAUCAUGUUACUGACUAGCAACUCACUGACUGGAGCAAUACCUGGUUGGAUUCUAAGGAACAACAAUGAUAUUGAUGUGUCGUACAACAACUUUACUGAGUCAUCUGCGUCUGGUUGCCAGGCGUCUAGCGUGAACUUAGUUUCCAGCCAUUCAUCCACAGAGAGCAACUCAAUUGAAUGGUGUGUGAAGAAGGAUCUCCCUUGCUCCACAUCACCCAAAUACCAUUCAUUAUACAUCAAUUGUGGAGGCAGCCAAAUAACCGCCGAGGGGAAUGAAUAUGAAGAGGACUUGGCCAGAGAGGGUCCAUCAUACUUUUUUGCCUCUUCACAAAGAUGGGCUUAUAGCAGCACAGGGUUUUUCAUGGGCAAAGGGGAUGCUAGUUAUUUAGCAAACAACUCAUUCUCUUUGAAUAUGACUGGUGCAGAGUACUAUAAAACAGCCCGCCUUGCCCCAAAUUCACUCAAGUAUUAUGGGCUUUGCUUGCGCCAGGGCAGUUAUAAAGUGCGUCUUCACUUCGCUGAAAUAAUGUACUCUGAUGAUCAGACAUAUAGCAGCCUUGGAAGACGCAUUUUUGAUGUAUCAAUCCAAGGGAAAGAAGUUUUGAAGGAUUUUAACAUAAAGGAGGUAGCUAAAGGUGUUGGCAUAGGUAUCACUAUGGAAUUUGAUGAUGUUAUUGUUAAUGGUAGCACUUUGGAGAUUCACCUCUACUGGAGAGGAAAAGGGACUACUGCAAUCCCUGACAGAGGUGUAUAUGGACCUCUAAUAUCUGCUAUCACAGUAACUCCAAAUUUUGAUGUUAGUACUGGCCUAUCUGCGGGAGCUAUUGUUGGCAUCGUGGCUGCUUCCUUUGUACUCCUUGUGUUGAUCCUGGUUGUGCUUCGGAUGAAAGGGUGCCUUGGGGGGAAAGAUCUUGAAAAUAAAGAACUUCGAGCACUUCUGCAAACAGGUUAUUUCACCUUGAGACAGAUCAAAGCUGCAACCAAUAACUUUGACCCUGCAAACAAGAUUGGUGAAGGAGGAUUUGGACCAGUUUACAAGGGUGUACUGCCGGACAGUGCUGUAAUCGCUGUGAAGCAGCUGUCCUCUAAAUCAAAGCAGGGAAAUCGUGAAUUUGUAAAUGAGAUAGGCAUGAUAUCUGCCUUGCAACACCCACAUCUUGUCAAGCUGUACGGAUGUUGUAUUGAAGGGAACCAGUUGUUGCUAAUAUACGAAUACAUGGAAAAUAAUUCUCUUGCCCGUGCUCUCUUUGGUCGUGAAGAACAACUGCUAAAUCUGGACUGGCCGACAAGGAAAAAAAUAUGUGUAGGGAUAGCACGGGGCUUAGCUUAUCUUCAUGAAGAAUCAAGGUUGAAAAUUGUUCACAGAGACAUUAAGGCCUCCAAUGUGUUGCUUGAUAAGGAUUUGAAUGCUAAGAUAUCUGACUUUGGUUUGGCCAAGCUUGAUGAAGAAGAGAACACCCAUAUCAGCACGCGAAUUGCUGGAACCAUAGGAUAUAUGGCUCCUGAGUAUGCAAUGAGGGGUUACUUGACGGAUAAAGCAGAUGUCUACAGUUUUGGAAUUGUAGCGCUAGAGAUUGUCAGUGGUAAAAGCAACACAAAUUACCGGCCAAAGGAGGAUUUUGUUUACCUUCUUGAUUGGGCUUAUGUGCUACAAGAGCAGGGAAGCCUUUUAGAACUUGUGGAUCCAAGUCUUGGAUCAAACUACCACAAAGAAGAGGCUCUCAACAUGUUACAAAUCGGUCUCUUGUGCACAAACCCGUCUCCCACUCUAAGGCCCGCCAUGUCUUCUGUGGUGAGUAUGCUCGAAGGAAAACUUCCAAUACAAGCAACAUUAAUCAAGCGUACCACGGUGAACGAGGAAAUGAGGUUCAAAGCCUUUGAGAGGCUUACACAGGACAGCCAGACACACACCUCCUCUACAUUCUCGCAGGACAGUCGAGGGCAGAGGAGCAUAUCGAUGAAUGCACCAUCGUCGAUUGAUACCUCGGUUACCAUCCCAAGCAAGAAUGAUGAUUUAGAUCAUUCUCCGUAGGGCAAGCUUCUUGAAGAUCUUAGUGACGUAAAACGAAACUGAUCUAUUCGUGUGUGACUAACUCGAAAUAAUAUUUAUUUGUACUUGAAACACUACUGCCAUUUUUAUUUUUUCCCCCUGAAUGUCAGAUGCGCUAUUGAUUUUUGGCCCCGCCUAAAGUGACUUCCUGGCUUUGUCACUACGGGUUAUCCCUGAUUAGGGUGAUAUAUUAUUGGAUCCUGUGCUGUGCUUGUGUUUUCCUUA